AUGCAAUAUCAUCAACAUUAAAUAGCAAAAAAAAGUAUUCUAACCAUCAAAAAGAAAAAAGAGUUUUUUAUUAUUCUCGAUCUAUAAAGCAUUACCAAAAAUUAUUCCUAAAACAGGAUCUAUAAGUCUGAAUAAAAAAGCAAUCCCUUUAUUUCUAAACAGAGAAACGGUCUUAUGAUGAGAUACUGA